AUGCCAGCUGAUCUGAACGGAUAUUGGAAAAUGAUUUCCAGUGAUAACUUCGAGGAGUACCUGAAAGCUCUCGAUGUAAAUGUCGCCAUCAGGAAAAUUGCAACCUUGUUGAAGCCUGACAAGGACAUCGUCCAUGACGGGGACCACAUAAUCAUCAAGACCCUCAGCACCUUCAAAAACUACAACAUGGACUUUUACGUGGGCAAAGAGUUUGAGGAGGAUUUGUCUGGAGUGGAUGACAGGAAAUGCAUGACCACUAUCACUUGGGAGGGAGACAAGCUGGUCUGUGUGCAGAAGGGAGAGAUUGAAGGUAGAGGCUGGAGCCACUGGGUGGACGGAGAUGAGCUUCAUUUGGAGCUUAGAGCUGCAGGAGUUGUUUGCAAGCAGGUCUUCAAGAAGACCUAA